AUGAGUCUACGUCUCGCCUCCCGACGGCUUCUGCCACCAGGGUCACAAUUUUCUGCGUCAACCACGACGGUCAAAAGCUCGUUGCCAGUAACCGGAGGGACUGCCGUGCAGAGACGAAGCAAAUGGAGCCUGUUCCAGGGUUGGGGAAAAAAAUCCGAAAAGGAGGAAGCGUUCGCCGGACUCAACCUCGACGACCCCAAAACGCGACAGCAGUUCCUCGACCGUAACAUGAACGGCAGGAUCGAAAACAAUAUCUUCCAGGACGAACUCGAGACGGCAGCUGCCAAAGAUGCCAAAGAUGCCGCACGCAAAAGACCCGAGAAUGUCGAACAGAAGACGCGGGAGAACAUGGCCAUGGUUGUCGACCCGGACCCUCUCGGCCGCAUGCGAUGGCAACGGAGAAAGGUCAUGCAGAUGGUCCGCAAAAACGGUCGCAUGACGAAGGACCAAAAGAUCAAGAUGACAGAGCGCCAGCUCGUUCACAAGAGUCCGUUUAUGGCAACCAGCGUUAAGAAGCUGAUGCUUCUCGCACGGCAAAUCUCGGGCAAGUCGGUAGACGACGCUAUUACACAGAUGACGUGGUCCAAGAAAAAGAUGGCCGCCGAAAUUCGAUACUACCUGGAGGAGGCCCGCGAUCUUGCCAUUGCACAGCGCGGAAUGGGCUUGGGCAGGGUCAAUGGCGAGCUCUACGACAACCCCAAAAAGAUUCAAACGCGCGAAGGCAAAUGGGUCGAGGUCGUCGAUCCAUCCCGAAUGUACAUCGCGCAGUCUUGGGUUGGCCGUGGAAAGUGGCGCGGGAAGAGCAUAGACGCCAAAGGGCGUGGAAGAAUGGGUCUCAUCCAACACCCCGCGACCUGUGAGUGA